CACGCGACACUUUUUCUGUUGUUUGUUGUUGUUGCUGUCGAUGAUUAAGAUGAUUGAGAAAAGAUCAAUAAAUAUUUGCUUGCUACGCAGGGUUGCUAAAGAAUGCUGGUACGGGAACAAAAAGAAAGAAGAAGUAAAGGAGACCUUUCACGAUGAUAAAUUUCGAAAUCGGUUGUCAUUCUUCUCUGGAUUUUGAUACUUGUUGUAUAACAAUCGUUGUGCUCUACAAGGCUUUUUCAUAAGAAAGAUCUUGAUAAUGUAAGUAUCCCUACUCAUCUACUUUGCUCACUGGCAGACCGUGAUUUCAUGAUUUUCAAAAGAUGUCUCUUUCAUAUCGGUAUUGAUCAUUUAAAGCGUGAUUCUGAACUGUUGUGUACUAGUCGACCAUUUUACCAUCGGUAUUUAACUGUCUAGGCAUUGUACAAUGAAAAAUUAUUUCUUCAUAAUAACAAAUAUGACAAUUAUCGUCAUGACAGUAAUUUUUUCGUGCACAUUCGAACCUGUGAUGACCAGAUAUUUAAACUAUGAUAAAUAGUUCUACUUGUUAUUCUGUAUAUGUUGAAUGAAAAGUAAACGAUCAUAAAUGAUAGAUUUUCCUUUUUUUUGUCCACACUCUUUAUGUGAAUAAUAUUUGUUUAUAAAUAUUUGAUGAAUAAAUGUUUUCUCUUUUUUUGUUGUUUAAUACAUUCUAUAUAUUGAAAAAUAUGUUAGUCACUCUUAUAGUUUCAUAGUUUUUUGAAUCAAACAUUAAUAAAUUAGUAACACCAGAUUUAUAAUUUUCUUCAAAUAAAAGAAAAAUUAUUUGUGAUUUAUAAUAUUAAUUGUAAGUAUUUGUCAUUUGUUCCUCAUUUUUUUUAGAUUAAUAUUCUGAAUUAAUUAUUUGAUUGAAAGAAAAUGUAGACCAUCAAUGUGAUGGUCUGUUGUUUGUGAAUGUCGUCGUGACUCUUAUCGUGAAAUUUCUCGCAUGUUUAUUUUGUUCUUUUUUACAUUUAUAUAUAUAUAAUAUAUAUAUAUAUUUGUUUUAAUAAUCCGUUUUAUUGUAAUGGAAUAAUUAUUUAAAUAUUAUGUCUUCGUCCGCAACUAUAUCAACAUUUCAGUGUCGUGUACAAUAUCUUGAUGAUACCGAUCCAUUCUCAAGUGUGAAUUUACCAGAGCCAGCUCGUCCACCUUUAUUUACUUAUUUAAUAGAUAUUCCGCUUAUAAAUCAACUUAGCAGUGUACAUAAAGUUUUAAAUGCACCACAUAAGUUGUACAGACAAGACGGUAGUCGAUCCGAGUUUGGACCGUAUCUUGAUUUAGAUCAAACAUUAGAAGAACAAAAGGAAGAAUUAGAAGGUUACACUGACGGUCGAAAAUGGUCAAUAGUACUUCGUACACAAUUGACAGUGCGUGUAAAUGCAUGUAUAGACAAAUUAUUGAAUUCCGACGGACGAGAAUUAAGACGUUCAUUAUUUUCAUUGAAACAAAUUUUUCAAGAUGAUAAAGAUCUUGUACAUGAAUUUGUAAAUAAUCAAGGUUUACAAUGUUUGGUAAAAAUUGGUGGUGAAGCAGAUCAAAAUUAUCAAAAUUAUAUAUUGAGAGCACUUGGUCAACUAAUGUUAUAUGUUGAUGGUAUGAAUGCUGUAAUGACACAAAAUGAAGUUGUUCAAUGGCUUUAUUCUCUAGUCGAAUCAAGUUUUCGUCUUGUUGUUAAAACAAGUCUCAAAUUAUUAAUCGUAUUUGCUGAAUAUACUGAAACAAAUUCAUUACUCAUAUUACAAGCUGUUAAUUAUGUUGAUAAAUCAAAUCGUCAUUUAUUAUGGUCAAAUACAAUGAAAAUUUUAAAUGAAUAUGAUAAUACACCAUCCGAAGUGGUUUUAUUAAUUAUAACAUUAUUUAAUGCUGUUUUAUCUGCUAUUCCUGAUCAAGAUACAUUUUAUGAUAUGACCGAUGCACUUGAACAACAAGGAAUGUUAAAAGUAUCGCAAUAUUAUUUGAAUAGAAAACCACCCGAACAAGAAGUCAUUGAACAAUUUAGUAUUUAUGAAGCAACAUUAAGACAUGAAGAUGGAGAUGAUGAAUCAACAAUUGUUCAAUUGAUGAGGUAG